GUAUUAUUGUUCUUUCUCCACUUCCAUCAGUGCCGCGUUAUUCUCUAGUGUAUGAAUUGUUUUGUGCGUGUUUUGCGUAUAUAAUUCGAGUGUGUAGGUAUUAGUCUGUCAAUUUUAUGACAACAUUUUGAAGUGGCAAUAAAUUGUCACAUGGGGGAAACGCUUUUUAUAUUGUACCUGUAUCCAAGGUUAUCAAUUAUGCGUUGAGAUCUUCUCAGUAAUCUCAACGACCUUUAAUUAUGUGUUAAAUGUGGAACUGAUAUUUGAUUCGAUAUAUUCGAGAUUCCCGCUUUCAAUGGAUUAUUUCAAUUGCAAAACGAUUUGGAGACACACUGUAUUCUAAAAGGGUAUCUGCGUUGUAUGUUGGUACAGAUUGUAGCCUGGAAUUGGUCCCUCAGCAUAGGAUAUCAGUGGAUAUUAGUAUUGUGAAUUCCGUGUUUAAAAUGAUGUGCAUCUACGAAGAUAGAGUGCCGUUAUUGUGAUCUGGUGCGGUUUUUUUCAAACAAACAAAGUGCGACAGUUGCUGUGAUCCCGAGUUUUAGGUUUAAUCUAGAGGAAGUUUAGGAAAGAUGAGUUCUUAUUUCGCGAACAACUACAUGCCGGAUAUGCGAAAUGGUGGCGUAUCGGCAGAACAUCCACACCAGCACCAACACUACGGUGCGGCAGUGCAAGUGCCUCAGGGAGGUGGAGCGGUUCAGACGGAUCCGAACGCGUGUGGCGACCCUUCGGUGGUGGGUCUGCGGCAGGGCAUCCCCCCGCACCACUAUGGAGGCCCCCCUGCCGCCGGCCAGCCACCGCAAGGGAUGCCGUACCCUAGGUUCCCUCCCUAUGACAGGAUAGAUGUGAGGAACGCAGGGUACUAUGGUGCCCAACCCCAACAAAUGGACGGUGCGCAAGGGUACAGGCCCGAUAGUCCGAGUAAUAUGCACAUGGGCAACGGUGCGCCCAAUGGACACCAAACACCUGUAGUUUACGCGAGCUGUAAGCUCCAAGCGGCAUCUGUAAGUCCAAACUGUGUAUUAGGACCAACGGGCAGUCCGCCACUGGAUACGUCGCAGCAGAUGGGCAACCACCACAUGGGUCACCACAUGCAGGAGCAGCAUCCGCAGCAUCACCAACAGCCCCAUCACCAGCAGCAACACAUGUUGUACGGAGCGCAGCAGAAUGCGAAUAUGCAUCCCCAGGCGGCUCAUCAGCAAGCUGCGAUACCUCAGCCUCAGGGUCAGCAACCGGCCAACAACACGGCUUCUAGCCUACCGAGUCCCCUGUAUCCUUGGAUGAGAAGCCAAUUCGAAAGGAAACGAGGACGACAGACCUACACCAGGUACCAGACCUUAGAAUUGGAGAAGGAGUUCCACUUCAACAGGUACUUGACAAGGAGGCGACGCAUCGAAAUAGCGCACGCGCUCUGCCUAACGGAGCGACAGAUAAAAAUAUGGUUCCAGAACAGGCGCAUGAAGUGGAAAAAGGAGAACAAAACCAAAGGAGAAGGCGGUUCAGAAGGUGGUGGCGACGAUAUCAGUCCUCAGGGAUCUCCUCAAUAAACAGACACGUCCUCUGAACUUCAACCAUGUACCUAAUUAUACAUUGUAGUCAUUUUCGAAAUGCAUUUACCUCCAGGUACGGCCCUGUACGCCCGUACCGCAAGUUGUGACCAUUUUCGGCGGAACCCCCCAAAGUGUCCCAACGCAACCGUAAUGACCUCUUCAGAAAGUCUUUGUGUAUAAUUCAGUCGAUAUAAGUUAGUAUAUAUAUCGAAGAGCGCAUAUGACAGAGCGAUAUUAUAGUUUAUUUAUUUAUGAAAAUGUAGAUAAUAUAAUUUUUAUUAUUAUUAUUAUUAUUUUUUUUUUAAAUAUUUUUUCUCGCGCGAAAUUCAAGUUGGACUCACACGAAUUUUUUUAGAGGCCAGUGUUACGUGCAAUCUUAUAGUGAAGCAGAAAAACUGCCAAAUUGAAAACUCCCCCCUCCCCACCAUUCGUACCCCCCAACCCCCCCCAAGUGUAAAAAUGUUUUUUCGUUUUUUUCACGUCGCCUUCGCGAUUUAAAAAAAUUUUUUCAAGUGAGAAUCUUUGGGUAAAACUGGAAAUUUACUGCGUUGAAAAAAAUGUGUGGAUUCAAAGUCAAAAAGGAGAAUAUAUGAAUGGUUAAGUGAAAGUGUACAAGUAGAUUAUUUACUUAAAUUGUAGAUACUUUAAAUGUAUGUAUAUUUGAGUUUAAAAACCAAUAAUUAUAAAGAAACUGUACAUAAAUCCUAUAACGAAGGAUAUGAAAUAUACGAUAUACAAAACGCACUUUCAUGCCAAAGGUAGAUUAAUAUUAUCUUUGUAGAGUUGUUAAACACUUUGGUACAGGUAAACUCAGACAACAAAAUUCCAAAAAAAUAAAUAGAAAAAUUUAUCACGUUUUCGAUUCGAUGAGUUCCUGGAGUUUUUCUAUUGUAUGUGUAAUUUGUCAGAAUUUACCUGUACUGUUUCAGUUCUCCUAUGUAAAUAAACUUCAGUACACCACUCGAGUUGGAAUAGAAAUAUUUCAUUUGCUGCAAGAGAGAGACAUAUUUUAUAUACCAUUAAAAUUGGGACGCAAUUCGGUAAAGUUUGUUGAUUUCUGAAUUGCCAGUGAUAAAUUGAUAACGAAAUACGUAACUCUGCUACAAACUUCAGUAUACGUAAUUUUUAAAAUUAACUAUUUUAUAAAGAGAAAAGAAUAUGUAAAAAGGGUUGGGCAGACUAAAUAGGUUAGUGAAUUCUUUGUUAACAUUAUAAUCUUUUCUAAAAAUGUACCUAUAGAAUUCUAUUUGAACCCCACUGGAAAAUCGGUUAACGGACUAUCAUUUCUCGACAAAUAUGAGUUGUAACCAUAAAAAAAACAAAAACAGUAUAUAGGAAAAAAGAAUUAAAAUUGUCGGAUCAUUUUAAAACUAUUCACCUGCACUGAAGUCUUAUUAUCAAAAGUUCACCAAUGUACAUGAUGAAUUUCUUGUGUAUGACUCAUAUUUUUCGAAAAUAUCGUUAUAUAUUACUCUAAACUAGGGUCGUGGUACGACAUGCUGUAUAUUUGUACCUAUAUGGAUAAAAUAGAAGAUAGUUCUUUGUGCUGUGGUGUCAACAUUUAGAUAUAGAAUUACUUGCUGAGUUUGAUGAACCUAACAAAUUCUGAUUUAUUCAUAAAGAGCGAACAGGAUUUCAAAAUCAAUUUUUCAUUUUGUUGUUGAGAAAAUAUUUAUCUCAAAUUAGGGAUAAUUUCAACCCAGUGGUAUUUUAGUUACAAAUGAAAUUUACUGAUAACUGCAAAUUCUGAUAUUAUACUUUAAACUUGGAUUUUGUCUUGUGGAUUUCAUCUUAUAUAUAUAUUGACAUAUAUAAUAUAUGUAUAAAUAAAUAUUAUUGUAAAUUGA